GAGCGCGUUUUCUCCUCUCUGCAGCUUUUAUGUUGUUAAACCAGGGUCUGACUGACAUGAUGUCCACGCGGCGGGGAAACACUGCGCGAACUUGACGAAGGAUGAGAAAUGGAUGGAAUAAUUUUAAAGAGGUGACUAUCACGCAUGAGUUUUAAGUUUACGGCUUCUUUUGGACCAAAAUAUAUCUAGGAUAUCUGGAGUCACUUAAAGUUCACUGACAUGGAGUCAGAAGAAGGGAAGGUCUCUGUGUGGGUCUGCCAGGAAGAGAAGCUGGUCUCCGGGCUGACAAAGAAGACCACAUGUUCUGAUGUGGUGCAAGUUCUGCUGGAAGACCAGAACCUGCGGCAAGGUGCCUCAGCAGGGAUGCUGUCCGGACCCGCUCAAUCCUACUGCGUGGUGGAGAAAUGGAGGGGCUUUGAGAGGAUUUUACCCAACAAGACAAAAAUUCUUCGACUGUGGAGCGCCUGGGGCGACGAGCAGGAGAAUGUCCGCUUCGUCUUGGUCAAGAGUGACGCGUCGCUUCCUAACAACGGGCCCCGGAGCGCUGAGGCUCGGGUGGUCCAGCGUCGGGAGAAUUGGGGUCCGGACGGGGUGAUCAGGGCUACAGCCAGGAUCUGUUGGCCCGCUGGGGCCACUAACAUGUCCCAGGAGAGGCAGAGGCGCAUUGUGAGGAAGGCCUUCAGAAAGUUGGAUAAAAUGAACAAAAAGAAAGAGCAAGCUCCUGGAAAAGAUAAGAGCUCUUUGGAGAAGAUGGAGACUUUGGUCCACUUGGUGCUUUCUCAGGAUCACACCAUCCGUCAGCAGGUCCAGAGACUCAAGGAGCUGGAUAAGGAAAUUGAGAGGUACGAGUCCAAGGUGCACUAUGAGCGCGUGAAGACACAUGGAGUUAACUAUGUGCAGGACACUUACUUGGAUGACUCCUCCUCCCCAGAGACCUUUCCACGCAAAGUAACUCCAGAAGCGCUGGCCCAGUUUGAGGAGUAUGCUCGCAUGUGUGAGGAGGUUGUGAGGCUGCAGGAGGAGCUGAUGGAGCGGGAGGCGCUUGUUGAGAGCAUCACCGGAGAGAUCCAGGAGGAGCUCAACCACCGGUGGAUGAAGCGGCGGCAGGUGGAGACGGGAGGAGAAGAAGAAAAAGUGUCGGAAAUAUGCAGGUCUGCUCCUCUUGAGUGUGUGUCUGGACAGGAGGCGAUGUUAGAGGAAGAGAGGAUCAAAACACAGCUGAACACCAGCCUCUACAUCGGCCUGAGACUUAAGACGGACCUGGAUGGCAUUCGAGGAGACUUGGACAUGAGUCUUGCACUCUGGGAGAGCAAGGAGACUGAACUGAUGGACCUUCUGGCCAAAGUGGAAACAAUGGAAAUUGAGCAGCUAAACACAAAACUGGAGUGCGAAGACAAUGAUGAUGAGGAUGAUGAAGCGAAGGGAGAUAACGGUGCAGUAGUGUCAGAGAAGAAGAGCAGCAUUUGGGUGGAGCACGCCCGGGGUCUGUCAAAGACCUGCAUCAUCAAUGACGAGGACUCGGACACAGGUCUGAGCUCCAUGCACAGUCAGGACUCUGACAACCCUCCUGUCUGUGAGUCUCUGGUGUGAUCAAAUGGAAGAAAAAUUCAGCAGCGCUAAUGUAGCAACUCAAGCCACACGCUGUAAUACAAUGUAAAGUAAUACAUAUAGAGAUAGCUUGAUAAACUCAAAUCUGGUAGAUAGGAGAUUAUAAAUUGUUUUUUUAAGUGACAAUUCUCAGGCUCUUAUUAACUCUGUGAACGUAAACCUUGAAAAUACAUUAAAUCACCAACCAGCCACAUUACAUAUGUAUUUGCUACAUAUUUCUUGUUAAAAUAUUAAGCUAAAUUGUCCUCACUUCAACAUUGAGAUUUGAGACAUUGCAAGGAUGUUUUUGUCACCAUGCGGCUUUCUAAAAUAAAUGACACAUAAAUGAAUAUUUUUUUUCUGAUUGACUUCUAAUUUAACAAGUUAGCCAUCAAUUUGUUGUGAUUAUGUACUUAUGCAUUCAGGCAUGUACACAUUUUUACAGUCAUAAACAGUGUUAGUAAGUAUAACGGAAUUUCUAAUGGUGCUAUUAUUUUCAGUAGUUAGUAUUCUAAUUAAUUACUUUUCCCAUCUUUGCAACGCUGUUACUGCUUCCGAGGAUGUGAAGGGGCGCGUUACUACAAUCUGGUUGAAUGAAGCGCUGUUGAAGUUGUCUGAUUUUGUCAUAACUGCCUAGGAGUGAAGCAGAGCGGGAGUGGGGAGAAGGGAAGUGGGUGGUGAUGCAGUUGCAAACGUGAUGCUGAUUGGCUAGGUUUAGGUUUGGGCAUCGUGUGAAAUUGAACGAUUCCGGUUCCAAUUCCACGUUUUGAUUCCGGUUCUCGAUUCCGAUUCUUUCAAGGGGCAGGGUAAAAAAAAAAUGAAAAAGGCAGGUUCCAAAAAUUUGCGUAGUCUAUACCAUUGUCUUAACUUCUCGAUGAUUUUUUUAAUUAUAUGAACUUCUUACCGUGCUAUUUUUAACUUGUAUAUAAAGAUCAGUCUUUGAACCUGAAUGUGAUGAAGUUUCUUGCCACACGAGUGCACUUUCACAAAGAUGUUUAUUUUUCAAAAGCUUUGAAACAUUUACACAAAUUAUUUUGCCAUACAUGUACCGUAGCUGGGAGCUAUUACGAAACAUUAGUAUAAAUUAUUUUAUUAAUUAUAAUUUUAAGAUCUUUUAAUACUGUUGACUUUAACGGAGGCGGCAACGCACUCCGUCGAGUAUGUAGUUGCUUAUAUAGACUAAGAAGUCUACUGCUUUAAGAUGGCGGCUCUUUACUAACACCGGCCAGUCUGUCAUUUUGCAUCUAGUUCUCUAUACAUGUGAUAUCUAUCAUUCUACCGUAGCCCAACGUAAUAAUACGAUUUAUUCUCGCACUAUUCCAUCCAUCCAUCAUCUACUGCUUAUUCCGGGGUCGGUUCCCGGGGACAGCUGAAGAAAGACGUAAUUUAUUGUUUUACUUACCUGGUUCUGACGGUGCAACGUGUCAGAUACGCGCAAGGGCGAAAGUGGCUAGAAUUUGUUGCCGGAACUCCCCGACGUGAAGG